UUUACCGGGUCGGGGCCUGGGUAGAGGGGCCUGGAGGGGAGUAAACGAAGUAUAUAGGGAGACCAUAGACACCAGACCCAAGAAGACAGAGGACGCGAGGCAAGUCAAGUCAGACCACCGCCUCCCGACCUUCUUUCGCCAUGGCCCGCUGGCUUCUUCCCAUCGUCGCCGCCGGGGCCGCCGCCGUCUCGGCCGCGCCCGCCCCCUCCGAUCUGCCCGUCAAGCUCGAGACGCGAUCCCAAACCAGGUCCCGCGUCGCCAACGUCCACGUCACGCUCGAACGCCAGGUGGACGGGCCCCUCUCCUUCGCCUACGGUCCUUGCGCCGCCAACGAGCUCCGCGACGUCCACCACACCGUGGUCGAGUCCGAGGUCGAGGACGGCCAGCGGCUCGUCUGGCUGGUCCCCGAGGAUGCCGACUCGAACGGCUGUCUCACGGCGUGGUCGAGGGACGGCACGCUGGUGGGACGCAGCGAGCCGCAGCUGCUCGAGCACCGCUGGAAACGGAGGCUCCGGAGGCGUGGUGGUGGCGACGCCGGCGACAACGACAACGACAACGACAACAACGACGGCCCCGAAAGCAUCCAGAUGAACAACGAAACGGGCAUCGACCCGUACGGCGCGUGGUUCCAAGGCGUCAAGCUCCUGGCGCACAAGCAGCCCAAGCCGGUGCACGUCGCGCAGGCCAAGGCCAAGGAGAUCGCCAUCGUGGGCGCCGGCAUGUCCGGGCUCAUGAGCUGGCUGGUGCUCCGGCAGGCGGGCAUGACCAACCUGACGCUCCUCGAAGGGUCGGAGCGGCUCGGCGGCCGCGUGCGCACCGAGUACCUCUCCGGCGGGCCCUUCGACUACUCGUACCAGGAGAUGGGCCCGAUGCGCUUCCCGCACGUGUACCACGACCCGGAGACGGGCGAGGCCGCCAACAUCACCGACCAGCAGAUCGUCUACCAGCUGGCCGACGAGCUCAACGCCCUCAACGGCCGCGACCCGGCCUUUAACAUCGACUGGAUCACCUGGGUCGAGUCGCAGCCCAACGCGCUGAUGUACUACAACGACUUUAAGCUCUGCUCCACCGGCCUCCCGCCCACGCGGGCGCAGAUCCAGGCCAACGCCAGCCUGGGCCCGCCCCCCAACGUCCUGCCCCCGUCGGCGCAGGGGCUCCGCGCCGAGGUCAACUCGUACCUCCCCGGCCUCGAGUUCACGCGGAAGCUGGCGCACAACAUCUUCGCGGCGCACAGCGAGUGGAUCCGCACGGGGCUGAACGGGCUGGGGGGCGACGUGUGGUCCGAGUUCGCCUUCAUGGUCAACCACCUCGGCGGGUCGCUGGCCGACACGAGCGCGCUGGGCGGGUUCCGGAGCUCGACGUACUUCUCGAGCCUGUACAACCUGAUGUACUUUUACUACGGCACGUGGCGCACCAUCGACGGCGGGCUGAACCGGCUGCCCAACGCCUUCGGCCCGUUGCUGGAGGCGGCCGAGGCGGAGGGCACGUCGGCGACGCGGUUCGGCGUCCGGGUCGAGGAGGUGCGGUUCGACGAGGAGGCGGAGAGGGUGGAGCUUGCGUGGCGCGACUCGUACCUGGGCGACGAGUGGUAUGCCGAGAGCUACGACUAUGCUGUGGUGGCGGCGCCGUUCUCGAGCGUGCGCACCUGGCGGCUCCCCGCGCUGCAGGGUCCCAUUGCGGCGGCCAUCUCGUCGCUCCCUUACGAGGCGGCGUGCAAGGUGGCGCUGGAGUUCUCGGAGCGGUUCUGGGAGGAUUAUGCGAACCCCAUCUACGGCGGGUGCGGGACGAGUACCGACCAGCCUGGGAUCGGGUCCGUGUGCUACCCCAGCUACGACAUCAACGGGACCGGGCCGGCGUCUCUGUUGGCGAGCUACGUGACGGGGGACUGGGGCGUCCGGUGGUUGGGCCGCACGGAGGAGGAGCACGUGAAGUAUGUGCUGGACGAGAUGGUGGAGAUCCACGGCGAGCAUACGAGGGAGCUGUAUACGGGGAACUAUAGGCGGAAGUGCUGGGCGGCGGAUCCUCUGGGGUCGGGGUGGGCGAGUCCGUCGGUGGGGAUGCAUCAGCUUUUCAUGCCGGCGUACUUUGAGACGCAUAAGAAUAUGAUCUUCGUCGGCGAACACACGGGCGUCACGCACGCUUGGAUCGCCCCGGCGGUGGAGACGGGUCUCCGAGGCGCCGUGCAGCUUCUCCUGGAGCUCGGCCUUGUGGAUGAGGCCAAGGAAGCCGUUGACAAGUGGGCGGGUCGGUGGAUCGAUAUUUAAUGCACAUGCACAUGCACAAGUAUAAAAAGGGGAUCUGCAGAAGUCAUGGGCGUGGCAUGGAUCUGUUUCGGUGUUCUUAGACUCUUUACUUGGCGCCGG